AUGUCCAAUCAACCAGAGUUUUUGAUUCUCAGGCAACCUUUCGGUUGGCUAUCUGAGGACCAAUUGCCCAGAGUUCUAGGCUCUGUUGUACUCAACCCGCACUCACCUCUCAGCAACUCCAUACCAGACUCCCCUCCGAUCGGAAAAAACAACAUCUCAGAGAACAAAUUCACCAAUUUCAUUCUCAACCACGAGCUGAUGAACCAAAACUCAACCAACUUCAGUGUUCAGGGAAUCGGCAACUUUCGCCGACAACAUGAUAACGUCACUCAACUCAACAUCAACGGCAAACUUAUAAUCGCGAAGCGUCUAACUGAACUCCGUACCUUCUGGAAAACUAUGACAGACAAGGUGCCGAAAUUCGCUGACGAGGUAGCCGAGUGGGUCGGCGAACGCCGUUCCCUUGGGCUACGUGCCCGCUACGAGGUCUGUUGGGUCGUCGGCGUUCUGAUAUGCAAGGACGUCAGCAUUGCGUCUUCUUCUGAGCAGAACACGGAGUUUCGCGCUCGCGGGGACAUCCCUCUGGGUACGAUGGCGCAGAUUGCUGCUGCAGCGCAUGGCGUGCCACUACCCACUGGGGAUAUGGGGAACGCCAGUCUCGAGAGAGUAAAUAGCGGGGCUCAAAAUGAUUAUUUCUUUGCGAAUGCGGAAGGUGGCCAGAUAUUCGCAGUGGAGGUUCUUCUUAUAAAAUCGAGCAGAGGAAGGAUUCAACCUACAGACAAUGGCCCAAGGGGCGACAAGCUGGGGCAAGACAGCGACGAUGACGAGGUGCUCCCGGAAGAUUUGGAACUGCAGGAACUUGGCACUGAUGACUGGAAUAAUCUGCUCCAGCAAGAACCGAUUCCGGAUACCUAA